GAGGAGGAGGCUGGGAGGUGUUGCGUGCAUCAUAUGGGUUUUGGUCCUGCUGGGAGAAUUCAUAGCUCUGACCCUUCAAGGGAUCUAAUCCAGAUCCAAGUUGCUUUCCUCUCUGUUUGGACGGUGUGCUUCUAGAUCCCUUUGUUGCUGGACUUUGCUGCCUGGACGAUCACUAUGCUGCGUCUUUCCUCUUUCCUCCUUGCUUUGAGUUUCUGGGGACUCUGCAAAGGAGCUGAGGAGGAGAACUUUGUAAGAAUUUGGCCAGAAAAGCCUGUGGUAGAAUUCGGUGGCUCGGUUGUGCUGAACUGUAGUUCCAACUGUGAAAAAGUUGGUCUUGAGACAUCUUUAAGUAAAGUCCCAAUAGGAACUGGGAACACUGGAAUCCAUUGGAAAGCCUUCAACCUCACUAAUGUUAACCAGUGGGCUGUCACUCCAUUGUGUUUUGCUCGCUGUGCCACAGGAGCUGCAAAACCACGCCGUGCUAACUUCACAGUUUACCGAGCUCCUGAGCAUGUGGUUCUGGAUCCAAUGCCAAAGAUGGAGGUUGGCAAGGAGUACAACUUGGUAUGCCGGGUUCCCCAUGUAGCCCCCAUCCAGAACCUCACUGUGACCUUAUUCAAAGGGGGUAAAGAGCUUCAGGUGAAGACAUUUGAGAAUGAAAGUGACCCAAAAGCCAGCGAGGGUGUGCUGACCCAUGCCAUAACUAUACAAAAAGAAGACAGCGGAGAGGAUCUCACCUGCCAGGCAACUCUGGAUCUGCGACCAGAAGGGCCACUCUUUGAAAAAACAUCUCCCAGUGAAUUACUAACACCCACCGAUUUCCCCAUGGAUCCACAUCUCAGAGCCCCAAGCUUCAUAGAGAGCAGUACCGAGAUGACUGUGACCUGUGAUGUAUCUGGAGUUUUUCCAGCCAAAGAGGCCAAGUUUGAGCUAUUGUAUGGAGGAAAGAAGCUGCACCACAACACCAGUGUGUCAGGGGACAACGCCAGUGCCUGGGCUGUGGUGUCCUCAUCAAAAGAAACACAGAAUUUGAUUUGUACAGUCUCUCUGGGACCAGUGAACAAAAUGGUGGAGGAAGUCGUGAAUGUGUACAGUCUACCCAAACCCAUCCUGCGCCUUGACCCUUCAGAAGUCACUGCCAAUGCCACAGUGAAGAUCACCUGCACCUCUGAUGGCCCUGAGUCCCCAGAGGUUGUCAUGCAGAUUAGAGAUACCAGGGGAACCUUAGCCUCCAGAGACCCAGACAGUCCUUUCAUAGAAUAUGAAGUGACAGCACUUGAAGAGGAUAAUGGGAAGGAGUUCAGAUGUGAUGUGGAGCUGAUGGUUGGUGGGAAACCUGUUGUGAAAAGCACUUCCAAAAAGCUCACCGUCUUCUAUGCUCCCUGGAUGAAUGGUUUUAGCUGCCCUGACAGUAUAAUUUGGAAGGAAGGCAGUACAGAAAUAUUUAAUUGUACAGCCUAUGGAAACCCCCCUCCAAUUGUUGAAUGCACAAGAGAUAACACUACUUAUGCUAUUGGGAAACAAAAACUUAUCACCAGAGAAGAUCAUGGCAUGUAUCAUUGCAAUGCCACUAAUGCAUAUGGCUUUGUUGCUAAAAUUGUGACCAUAAUUGUUGAAUUUUAUCAACCUAACAUCCUUGCAAUAGUCUUGGGAGUUGUCAUUGUGUUAGCUGUUAUUGCUGUUUUGGCCAGUGUCUAUUUUAUGUACUACACAAAACAGAAGUGUGGGAAAUACAACCUAUGGAAGUCAAAACCUAAGCAAGAAGCAGGAAAUGCCAUGGAGCAAAAGUGCCUGAAUGGCAACGCAAGCAUCUAAAUGAGCACAUGACUACUAGAAACCCAUGAGAUACCCAGCCCGCUGCCCGCAGCCAAGUGAAACUGUACCUGCUCUUCAGGGUCAUCACCCCACAUUUUUCUGGGAAGAGAAAAUAGGAAAAGCAAUCUUCAGAUGCUAAAAAAACUGAUAGGCAGGGCUGCAGUUGGACUUUGUCUUAGGGGUUUGGGGAGAGUGAGGACUUUUGCACUUUCAGACGGAGGUUGGUAGCAUGCACUACAAAGGAGCCCAUGCAGAAUGAGUGACUCCAGGAUUUGGUCCUUUUGCUUAAGGGCACUUCUUCCUCCAAGGCUGUCCUCCAGAUUUACAGCUCCAGAGAUCAGAAAGCUGCAGACAGAUUGAAUAAAGCCUAUUGAACAACAACCCUAAAAGACUAGUCAGGGUGGAAAGUUGGAAACACCACCAUCAGUAUUGCCUGUUCCCAGCAACAAACAAUGCAAUGCUAAUCUUUUGGUCCCUGGAAGCUAAAAAGUCUGCCUUGAUCCUUCUUUGUACCAUCACAUGCUCUGGGAUUCUCAACAAGUGUACAAGCACAUUGCACUGUAAAAAUGUUGUCAUUCCACCACCACAACUACCUGCCAAUGAUGCACUAACAGGCUUUUCGCAGCACAUGUUAGGACUUCAAGAGAGGGCUUCUGUGCCCACAUCAAAAUGGCAGGAAAGCCAGGGAGGUUUUCUCUUUUGUUUCCUGGUACUGUACAUAAAUUGAGGAGACUGUUGCCGAAAAAUCCUGCACGUCAUAACCCUAGGUCAACUUGUAUUUAUGAAUGUGAAGCUGAAUUCCUUUCCUAACCUGAUGAAUAUUUGGCAGUCAAAAUGGACCGCAAAGGACAGGCAUGGAGCAGAACUACAUCACCCACUGCAAUUCAAAGCAACAUUCUCCUUGGGAGGAUGGACAUAACUCUAAAAGAUCACUGGGAGAUGCUAGGUGAAUGUGUGCAUGCUCAGUUUUUGGCAUCUCGGCUGUUAUAAAAGCAUCAGAACAGGCCUUUGUCCACACACAAAGCUAAAAUGGAGUUUGGCUUAAAAUUGCUCUGUAGUUUAAGUGUAAAAAAACAAACUGCCUUGUCUCAAAUAUACAUUUGAUUUGUGAAGUCAAACGCUUUCAUGGCCAGCAUCCAUCAUUUUUUGUGGGUUUUUCAGGCUAUGUGGCCAUGUUCUAGAAGACUUUAUUCCUGACGUUUCGCCUGCAUCUGUGGUUGGCAUCUUCAGAGAAUGCAUUUGAUUUGUCAUCUGUCAUGACUAUAGCCUUGGCUAUAGACUUGGUUAUGACUAAGGACUUGUCCAGAAAGGGGGGAAAGUUCCUGGAAGUAUCAAGACUUUCUAGUUCUUUUUGUUUUGAUUUUACCUGCCUGUUCAUGGUUUUGUAUCCAAAUUGUUUCUUGAAAUAUCUAGGGUUUCUUCCCCACCCCACCCACCCCCCUUGAAUUCUCCCUCACCCCACAGAUCACGUGUCCCAUCUAGACUCAGGCAACAUUUCAGAAAUUGCCUUUCACCUAUUGCCACUGAGUUCUUUUAAAUUAUUAUUCAAGAGUUACAGUCAAAGUGUGAAACUGGUUUAGCAAUAAAAUGCUAUUUAAGCAAUGGCAUCAUUUUCUUUUUGAGAGCCAGUGUGGUGUAGUGAUUUGAGUGUUAGACCGUGACUCCAGAAACCAGGGUUCAGUUUGCAAUUCGGCCAUGGAACUCACUGGGCAAGUCACACUCUCUCA